CUGUCACUCAAAAAUGUAACACACGUUGGGUGAGCUGGUCACUAGGAAAGCAUGGCCGCCUGACGACUUAACGGUCACGCCGAAGAAACUAGAAGGGAUGGGAAUAUGAAACGCAGGUUUAGGAAUCGAGCAAACUGGGCCUAUUGGGUGGCUCAUUUCCAGGAUGAAAACUGUUGGAGUCGUUUUCGUUUUGGAGAUUAUCUCUCUUCUGGUUUUGGUCGGGUUGAGUAAUGGUAUCCAGAGAGCACCUCGUAUUGUCACAUUAUUGGAGACGGUGGAUGUGCUCCUGGAUCACAACGCGACCUUCAUCUGUGAGGUCGAAUCUCGACCGUCAGCAGACAUCACAUGGACCAAAAAUAACCAGCCAAUAAUGUACUACGACUCCAGGUACCUUACACGCGAACAGGGACAAAUGCUUCUCAUCCCUCACGUAAGAGAAAAUGACAACGGAGAAUACUGCUGCCUUGCCAGUAACGGAAUUGGGGAGCCAGCCAAGAGCUGUGGAGCGCUGCAGUUAAAAAUGAAGCCACAAAUCAAGCGCCAUCCCACAAAUGUGACUCUUUUGGUCGAGUCCAAAGCAGUAUUACCUUGCGUUACCCUCGGUAACCCAAAACCAGACAUCACCUGGCUUAAAGACGAUGAGCUCAUUAAGGUGAGUGAUCGUGUUAAUAUUCUGGACUACGGCGCACUCAAGAUCAAUUAUAUUCAGAAGGAAGACGCGGGGCAGUAUCGAUGUGUGGCGAGAAAUAGUUUUGGUUUGGCAUUUUCCAAGCCUGUCACCAUUGAAGUUCAAGCUCCAGCGCGAAUCCUGAGAGUUCCCAAGGAGAAAAGAGUCGCAUAUGGCAGCCAAAUAUCUCUGGAGUGUAACGCCACUGGAAAUCCAAUCCCCACCAUCACCUGGUUAGAAAAUGGGAAUACCAUCUCUGGCGCUUCAGUCGAUGAGACCUUGGUCGGAGAAGUGGUUUUGUCGGUUCUAAGGGUGACGGUGAACAAGCCGGCUCUUUACACGUGCUUGGCCUCAAACAGACACAGCGCCGGGGCCAACACCGUCAAAGCCACGGCCAGAGUGACUGUCGCAGAAUGGAGACUCUACAAGGGCGUAGCGGGAUUCUGCAGCACGUAUCGAGGGGAUGUGUGCCGAGCAAUUUUACGGGAAGACUCCCUUGUUUUCUUCAACACUUCCAUGUCUGACCCUGAGGACAUGCAAGAGUACUUGAUUCAGAGCUGGUGGACUGAGUUCGAAGGACUCGGGAAACUCUGUGGCCCUGCAGUGCGUUCACUCCUCUGUCAUAGCGCCUUCCCCGAUUGUAAUCCAUCAGGUUUGGGACCUGCGCCCAAAUCUGUCUGCAGGGAGCAUUGCUUUGCAGUGAAGGAGCUGUAUUGUCAUAAGGAAUGGGCGAUACUAGAAGGCAGUAUGUCCAUCCAGCCUGGACUCUUCGGUCCCGCCGCGGACUCCAACACACCCCGUUUGUUGUUGCCCAAAUGUCAAACUUUACCGAGUCUCCAUUCAGACCCUGAUGCCUGCACUCGGGUUCCUUUUGUGGACAUCAAGAAAGAUCAAAUGACAACAACAUGUUACCGUGACAGAGGGCGUUUUUACCAAGGUAGCGUGAACGUGACAAGGUCAGGGAUACCCUGUCAGCCGUGGGACCAACAGGCUCCUCACCAGCACCGCUUGUCCGUGGAUGCUAUUCCGGAGUUAAAAAAUUCGGAUAACAACUGUAGGAACCCGGCAGGAAUCAGCGACAAGCCGUGGUGCUACACCUCAAAUCCCAACGUACGCUGGGAGUAUUGCGCUGUACCACAGUGUGGGGAAGCAGGCGCAGGAUCAGGCUACGUGUCAGUGGCUAAGCAGGAUCCAGCGGGGCCUCAUCAUCUUCCUCCCACGACAGCAUCAUCUCCAGCAUACUCCAUGUCUGUCAUCAUUAUCAUCCUGACCGCAGUUGCUGCCGCCAUCUUCCUCACCAUUAUGAUUCUUGCAUGUCGCCGGCGGAGAAAACAUUGGAGGCAACAAAAGCGGGCGAUGGAGACCCCAACGAUGUCGACGCUUCCUUCAGAGCUCAUACUGGAUCGACUGCACCCCAACCCCAUGUACCAACGGGUUCCUUUGCUUCUCAAUUCCAAAUUGUUGGCUCUCGAGUACCCCAGGAAUAAUAUCCAAUAUGUUCGAGAUAUUGGAGAGGGAGCCUUUGGGCGAGUCUUCCAAGCAAGAGCACCAGGGUUGCUACCGAUGGAACCUUUCACAAUGGUGGCUGUGAAGAUGCUGAAGGAAGAAGCCUCAGCAGAUAUGCAGAAUGAUUUCCAGAGGGAGGCAGCACUCAUGGCUGAGUUUGACCAUCCCAACAUCGUGCGACUUCUAGGCGUAUGCGCCGUGGGUAAACCCAUGUGCCUGAUGUUUGAGUACAUGGCCCAAGGCGACCUCAACGAGUUCCUGCGUCGUCGUUCCCCGACUCGAUCCGUGCGAACGCUCAGCCGCGCCAGCGUAUCCGGUCGCAGUUUUUCUUCAGAAAUGGAAGCGGGGUCCCUCACUUGCCCCGAACAACUGUCCGUAUCCAAACAGAUCGCCGCCGGGAUGGCCUACCUGUCGGAACGCAAGUUUGUCCACCGGGACCUUGCCACGAGAAAUUGCCUCGUCAGGGAGGAAAUGGUGGUGAAGAUUGCAGACUUUGGCCUCUCCAGGAACAUCUACUCGGCCGAUUACUACAAAGCCAAUGAAAACGACGCCAUACCCAUUCGCUGGAUGCCCCCAGAGUCCAUUUUCUAUAACCGUUACACCACUGAAUCAGAUGUUUGGGCCUACGGCGUGGUCUUAUGGGAGAUCUUCUCCCACGGCAUGCAGCCAUAUUAUGGCAUGGGACAUGAGGAAGUCAUUUACUAUGUCAGGGAUGGGCAUAUCCUUUCCUGCCCUGAGAACUGCCCUCUGGAACUGUAUAAUCUAAUGAGGCUUUGUUGGAGCACACACCCAUCCGAUCGGCCCAGCUUCUGCAGUAUACAUCGAAUUCUGGAGCGGAUGCAUCAAAACAUGCAGAGUGAAAAUGAUGAUGCUGAGGAUGACUGUUGAUUUUUUUUUUUUUCCAUCUUUACCUUCGACCUCGACUUUUGCAAGAUGGGUUAGAUACUGUAUUGAAGUAGAAAAUUUUGAAAAUACCUUUGUGUAGAAUUGUGUGUGUUUUUUUAUAAUAUACUGUAAUAUAUAGCACUAAGUAUUUAAUGUGAUACUCUUUUUAUUGACAGCAAAUUGAAAAAAAUCCUUUUUACAUUUAAUAAAAUUACGUGAAUCCAUUUA